AUGGAGUGGUACACUCGAUCUUCUCAGAGAACCUCUGGUUCCAAUGUUGGCGCCACACCUCAUUCUAAUGGAGUGUUUUCUCAACCAAGUUCUGCUACAGGAGCAUAUUCAAUGAAUUCUUCAACCACAAGUCCUCUACCACUUAAUGAUACCUCAUACAAUAGUAUGACUCCUGGUGUACCAGAUUGGAGUGGUUCUGGAGGUGGAGAAUCAACUUAUUUUGCACCAGCUUACGAGAGAAGCUCAUACUUUUAUGCCAAUACUCCACUUUAUUGUUGUGACUGGACCACAAUAAGACUGGCCUCCGACUUGGAUUGUAUAGCGUUGGGGUCGUACAAAGAGGGGUUCAGUAAUAGAAUUCAAGUAUUACACGGACUUCCUUUUGGAAGUGAGAUGCUAGAGGAUAUUGACUUGGACGGAACCAGUGAUUACGAUUACGAAGGUAUUCAAGGGUUUGAUUUCCGUAAAGCGGCAGAGAUAAAUGUGGAUUAUCCUGUUACGAAGCUCCAAUGGGACCCACAACUUCAGAAGGGUAACGUGGGUCCUUCAAUGCUCGCUGCCUCGAGCGAAGUAUUGAGAAUAUAUAAAGUUGAACAAAACCAUUUAGACCCAAACGCUGACUACAAAAUGGUUCAAGAAUACACUUUGGCCAACCAUAUUUCAGGGUCUGGCCACAAUAAAAGGUUUAACAACAAUAACAAUAAUGAUAAUAAUAGCAAUAAUAAUUCCACAGGAGGAGGCAAGUCACCUACGAGUAAAGACGUGGUACACACGUAUCCGCCAGUUACAUCGUUCGACUGGAACAGUGUGAACCUGAACAUCAUUAUAACUUCCAGCGUGGACACAACAUGUACAGUGUGGGAUUUGAACAGGCCGUAUGGCACUGAUAAUGGUAUGACAAACACAGCUUCAGUCAAGACUCAACUUAUUGCCCACGACUCUGAGGUGUUCGAUGUUAAAUUUCUCCAUAAAUCAACAGAUCUCUUUGCAUCAGUAGGUAAUGAUGGCUCGAUGAGAAUAUUUGAUUUGAGAAGUUUAGAACAUCUGACCAUCAUUUACGAACCACCUCACACUGCAAGUGGCCAUUUGAAAACACCAGGAACUCCUAGUUUGAAAGUUGAUAAUUCCCAAAUGGUUAAUCCCAAGGCUCUUCUCAAACUUAGCGCUUCAAACAUCGAUCAGCAUUACUUGGCAACUGUGGGUGUGAACUCCAACAAGGUUAUACUUAUUGAUAUUCGAAUGCCUGGUAUUCCCUGUGCAGUGAUAGAUGGGUCAAUAAGAGGCACAUCAAAUGCGGCUAUCAAUAGCAUUUCAUGGCAUCCCAAAUACAACUUCUUACUUACUGGUGGUGACGAUUGUCAAGCGUUAUUAUGGGAUUGUAAUAAUUUAGAACUUAAACUGCCCAGAACAACCACUUCUCAAAGCGGUGGUAACAAUGGCAGCAACGUGAAUGGUCUUAACACAUCUGGUUCAGGAAGUAGUGGGACAACCACCACUUCAAUAGACACACCUGUAAUGGCAUAUUCUGAGGAAUUAGAGGUGAAUAAUGUUACUUGGAGGGGUGAAAGAGGCGAUUGGAUUGGUGUGAUAAGUGGGAAGGGCUUUCAAGGUGUUAAGAUUUGA